AAUACACAAGAAUAACAAUGCCUUGACAAUCACAACCUUAAACAAAAACCAAAUUUCUCAGAGGAUCUAUUACAUCAUAGAUUCUCAUUCUCUCCAUUUUCCAAUAAAAUUCUGAAGCAGAGAAGAGAGACCAUUCAUCAACUGCAACUCCCAUAUUACCAUUUUCUUGUUUCUGGGUCUCUGACUAUUUCUGACCACCACCUGUUUGAUCUUUUUGCCUCGGAGAAAGACAGAGGUGGAUGGUGAUCUGGGUCCUUGUGAAAAGUUGUGGUUUUGAAGCAUUGAGUCUGAUCUGAUAUUGAUUUUUGGGAUUGGAAUUGUGGCUUUUGAUUGACAAUAUAGAAGGAGAUAGAGAAUGGGUGUGGAUUACUAUAACAUAUUGAAGGUGAAUAGGAAUGCUACAGAAGAUGAUCUCAAAAAGGCUUAUAGAAGGCUGGCCAUGAAAUGGCACCCUGAUAAGAAUCCCAAUGACAAGAAAGAAGCUGAGGCCAAAUUCAAGCAGAUCUCUGAGGCCUAUGAGGUCUUGAGUGAUCCUCAGAAGAGGCAAAUAUAUGAUCAGUAUGGAGAGGAAGGAUUGAAAGACAUGCCACCACCUGGAAGUGGUGGGUUCCCAUUUGGUGGUGGCUGCGGCAGUGGAUCAAAAGGAUUCAAUCCUAGAAAUGCAGAGGAUAUCUUUGCAGAAUUCUUUGGAAGUACUCCUUUUGGAUUUGGGUCAUCAGGCCCUGGUAGGUCUUCAAGAUUUGGGUCCGAUGGAGGAGGGAUGUUUGGGGGAUUUGGUGGAAGCAGCGAAAAUGUUUUUCGAUCAUAUAGUGAGAACGUUACACCAAAGAAACCACCAGCAGUGGAGAGCAAGUUGCCUUGCAGCCUCGAGGAGCUGUACACUGGUUCAACAAGGAAAAUGAAAAUCUCUAGGACUGUGGUUGAUGCAAAUGGACGUCAAGCGCCAGAAACAGAAAUACUAACCAUUGAUGUGAAGCCAGGAUGGAAAAAAGGAACCAAGAUCACAUUUCCAGAUAAAGGCAAUGAACAGCCCGGCCAGUUACCUGCAGACCUUGUUUUUGUGAUUGAUGAGAAGCCCCAUGACGUUUACAAGAGGGACAGCAAUGACCUCCUCAUUACAAGAAAGGUGUCAUUAGCUGAGGCAUUGGGUGGAACUGCAGUGCAUCUUAAAACGCUAGAUGGGCGCGACCUAUCAAUCCCGGUGACUGAAAUUGUAAGCCCUGGCUAUGAGCUUGUUGUUGCUAGGGAGGGUAUGCCAAUAGCAAAAGAGCCUGGAAAUAGGGGUGAUUUGAAGAUCAAAUUCGAGGUCAGGUUCCCUACAACAUUAACCCCGGAACAACGAGCUGGACUUAAACGCACCUUGAAAGGUUGAAAAAUGAAGAAUGAAGACUCUCCCAAAUUAGAUUGCAAACAGUUUGAAUAGUUGUGAAGUCACAUAGAAGAUGAAUGUUUAUAUUCUAGGCUAUAGUGGUGUAAGCUGUAUUCGUUUAAUAUCUGUCAAGCUGCACUAUGAGAAAUGCUGGCAGUUUGAACAAGUGCUGUUUGAUAUAUCUACUGAGUGAUCCCACUCCAUUCUUUGUUGUA